AUGCCUUGCUUGCGAGGUAUUGAAUUAUCUCUCGUCAUUCAGCCAGAAUCGCUGUCAUUGCCUGAGUUUCCACACCCCGACGCUUCUUCAUUUCGCGUUGUAUCUCUGGAUGAACAUUCGCAGACAGAAGAAAAUGAGGUGAGCACUCAUGGCCCGGACUCGGCUCGUAUCCAAAAACUAGCUCCGAGAGCUUCUGUCUAUAUACCUUCAACGCCAGGCUCUCGGUUCUGGGUACAAUACCAUAUCCAUCGUAGUCCAGAGCCUUCAAGCUAUCUCCUCUUCAAAGUGUUUAUGAAUGGCCGCCAUAUCACGAGCUGUGGAAUCAAGCACGGUGUCGUAUCGGGCACAAUCAGUCGAGCCCUCUACGAGCCAAGCGACAGAUGGCACUUGAAGCAAAAUGGAACUCUGCUCAAAAGAAGCGGAAUUGAGUCUCGCUCUUUCUGCUUCUCUCCUGGCCCUGAUGCCGUUGAUGUAGCUGACGAUGGAGGCGUUAUCGAAGUUCAAGUUUUCCGGGCAAAGAGUCGACGAAGAUGCACUGCUCAACCAGUUCCACACCGUGACCAGCAGCAGUAUGGCAUAACAUCACCCUCAACAGGACUUCUUGAACACCCUGAAGAUGCUGUUUACUAUGAGUGGGUUCUACACGAUGCCGUAGAGGCACCGUUUGCGACAUUCUGUUUUCACUAUCGAGCAUGGGCAUAUCUAUGGGACCUCAAUCUCGUCACUGAUGGUAGCAACUCUCCGCUACACAAUCACGGACUUGGGGAAGGGCUUGGCAAAAAUCGACGCAGCGAUAUUGCUCACGACAGAUCGAAAGGCGAAGUAGAGUCUUCCCGCGAAGAAUCGGACUUGGGGAACUAUGAUGAAGAUACGAAAAAUACUCAAGUGAUUGAACCAGAAACGACUCGCACUCGUCCAUAUUCGCAACGUGAAGCGCUACCGAACAAAGAGCUGAAAUCCUCGAAGCCAAUCAACCGUCAACCUUCCCACCGCAGAAAACCUUCUCUCCACUCAACAGCAUCACUCAGGGAGAUACCACGCUCGGGUGACCCGUUCAUCACAUUCUUGCUCCCACCGGUCAUGGAGGAAGAGGAUCCAUUUACGAGUCCCUAUAUUCCUCUUGGACACGAAAUGCCAACAACGUCUCCGACUCGUUCUUACUAUCGACACAAUGCCCGUUCACGCGUUCACAGGCCACUGCCAACAGUGAAUGAAGUCCCAAAGCUGGAAUGA